AAUGAUAGGCGAAAAACGAAAUGGUAAAAAUGUCAUUACAGCAAAUUGAAGUUUAAAUAUUUAAUACGUGCAUGUGUGUGUGUUUGUAUUUUUUCUCCCCCGCCCAACUCUCCACGGACAUUUUGCAUUGGAUUUAGAUCAACGGGGGGAGAAGGACAUUUAAGCUUUUAAUUUGGCAAAGUUUAUCGGCAAAAAAGAAGAACCAAAUUAAGGUCAUAAGAAACUAAACUAAGAAAGCAGUAAACGGAAACCAAUCUCCUGCACCCUCAACCCUUCAGCGAAAUAAAAAGGAAACGGAAAAGUCUUGAAACUCACCCCAAUAGAAAACCCCAAGCCUAUAGCCAAUAUUUAGCCAAUUUUGUCAAUGGUAAAAAUGCCAAUUAAGGAAAUCCCAGUAAAGCCGGCCAAAGGGUCAAACUAUUCGACUGAUAGCCAUUAUGGAAUGACGAGAAUGCCAAAUGGCAAUAACAGGAAACCCAUACCACCAGCAACAAUAACGACAACAACAAAUGACCAGCAGAACAAGAAUUUGAAAAAUAAAAUCGUAAUCAACUAUGAAAAUAUGUUUGUCUCAACUUCAAAUACCAAUUUACCUUAUGUUGAUGAGGAUGGCAAUGGAAACGGUCAAGAUACUCCAGGGAGAUGGAUGAAUGAUAAGAAUCAUGACGAUGAUGGUGGUAGCCUACAUAGUCAGGGAAGUAAUGGAAAGGCCAAAACCAGGAGAUUGUCUGGAGGAGCAACGCGUGGCCAGCAGAAACUCGACAAACUACUCUCAAUAUCGCCCAGUCAAUGUGAAAUCAAAGCACCUGGCAUGAGUUACUUUGAACCAAAGCCAAAGGUCAAUAUCAUCAGCCUUUCAAUGAUGAAAACGAAGGAAAUGAAGAAAAGUCAUCAACGAUGCGAUUUGAGGAAAAUGCAAACAAAAGCUCGUUCACCCAGCCGCAGGACACGUGGCACACAGUCGUUGUAUCGUGAAUCAUCCGCCCAAACCUUACCCUACCUCCCAGCCGUUUCCAAUGACCCAGACGAGUUGGAAAGCCUGGAAUUAUUUAAAUUACCCACAAUUCUCCCCGGCACUGGACCACCGGGUCUCUAUGAAGUUGAGGUAUUGGAAAGGGCACGCAAACGCUGGGCCUUUGCCAAGGCCCUAAAGGAGAACUUUCGCCAACAGCUGGCUCAAGCCAGAGAAGAGCAAAUCAAGUUACCACCCCAUGAUCACAUUCUCGAGGCAUUCGAAUGGGAGCAUUGGAUUGAACGUGAAGAGAAUAUACAAGAAUGUCAAAUGCUACGCUUGGAAAUUCUCAUUCGCAUGUUUGAUCAGCGAGAGAGGGAAAUGCGCAGUGCCUCUCAUCUGAGGAUACAGCAAAGUUGUGCCCGAAUUGAGGCACAACGUCAGGCAGCUUUGAGGAAAAAUGAAACUGAAUUUAAUCGAGCCAUGCGUCGCCUUGAAAUGCAGCACAAAAAGCAGCCCCGACACUGGCGUAAGGAACACAUUAGCCAGGGAUUUGGUGAUCCCACCUCGGAGUUUUAUGCCCCUAAAAUACGUCAUGGUAUUGAUCCGAGUAGGCGUCACUUUGUGGCUUCACGCAAAGGUUUCGAUAUGCGUAUGGAUGAUUUAGAAAGGAAAACUGUGAAAAUGGAUCCGCGCAACUUGAAGUGUCCCUUUGCCAAAUUACGUUCUUGGUCCAAACCCAAGGAGCUGGUGCAAGAGGUGGAACAGAAUUUCUGCUCGGAAAAUAAUCUAAAGAAACUCUAUGAAAGUUUGAGGGUUCUACGUGAAACUAGUAAUAGACCCAAAACCACACCCCUGUGUCUGAAAGCUAAAGAAAAACCCACGGAAGAAGGUCCACAAGAAAGUCCAUCACCUCGCAGCACUAGAGUCACAAUUACAGAUGAAGUUGCCGCCUAUGAAUAUCCCAUGGAGGAGAGUUCCACAGAGGGCUCCGACGUUCGUAGGCUUCGCGAAGAACAGGAAUAUCAAGAAUAUCUACAAGAAGUACGCCAGGAAAAACAAAACGAACGACAGCUACGCGAACACCUGCAACGUGAGAUGGGCAAGGAAGAAUUCGAGGUCCUGAUCCAAGCCUAUGAAGGCAAUACAAUUGGCUGGCUAAUGCGUUUCCUUUCGGAAGAAAUGAGUCGGCUUAAGGAGCAAAGGAAAUUGCAUUUCUAUACCAUGCUUGCGAAACGCGAACGCUGGCAUCGUGAGGCCGCCGAGGCUGGCCUUCGACAAAAGGAGAAUGUAAUGCGCGACACCUAUGAGAAAAUUUAUCAGGAGUGUAACCAAACAAAUUUUGAAAUGUCGGAAAGAUAUAUUCAAUCCAUAUUGGAGGAAGAUAUUAGGGAUUUUGCGGAACAGCAAGCCGAAAAUCAUGUGGUGACACAGGCCAAAGAGUUGGAUAAGGAAAUUUGUGGCUGGCUGAGAUCGAUAGAGGAUGUUCAAACUCCCAUGAAUUAUCAUCAGCUGAGACAUGCUUUGAGAGAUAUUGCCAUACCCGAUGUGGAGAAUAUUCUCCAUCGCUUGGAGAGGGAUAAUUGUGUGCGGUAUAUUAUUAAUGAGGUCCUUUUGCCUCAGGUCUAUGAGCAACUGGAAUCCUAUGACGUGUCCUUUUCCGUUGCAACAAAUUUCAUUGACCGUUUGAUUGACACGGAUCUUCAUCGAAGUUCCUCGGAGGGAUGUUGUUCGGAAUGUGAAUGUUCGGCUUACUGUUCGUGUAGUGGAGCUCAAAAAGAAGCCAGGGCAAUUUUGAGGAAACUUAUACGGCACUCUGUCCCAGGCAGACGAUGGCGUACCUCAACGGAACGAAUGGUGGAUGAAAAUGUCAAGGAUAUUUUAGAUGAGGUCUUUGAGAGAGUUAUUGCCAAGGGUGACAACGCCGAAUUGGACAUGAUGGAAGCAGAACAAAAAUUCUCCUACCUCGAUUUGGGUGGUGGCCAAAUGAGAGAAUCAUAUUUUUCAGAUGCCUCUCAGGAUGGUGGAAGUAUUGGAUCCCAGGAUUAUUGCAAAAUUAAAACCCUGGGAGAAUUGCCUCCAACCGAACUUGAAGAUGUUACCAAGACCCUAGAGAGAGAAGAACAGCUUUUGUUGGCCGAUACAGAUCAAAUAUCUGCCGAUAAAUUUAUAAUGACCAUGGAUAAAUAUGCAAGUCCGAAACAGAAACCCAAUCCACCCAUUGUCCAUCCCAUACCGAGUACCCAUGAUAUUUCUAGUGUUUGGGAUUUUGAUAAAACUCCCAACUAUUGUCGUACCUCUUCUGAUGAUGGAGUGGAGGAAGUACCAGAAGAGAGUUCCAAACAAGAAGAUAUUGACUUGGAAUCGAUAGAAAUAUCCUCUUCCCAUGGAGACUAUGAGGGGAAAAUUGAGGAAGAAUAUACCGAAGAAGAAAACACACAUCCAAGUGAGUUGGGUCCCAGAAAAAUCGAUUCGCAAGUGCAUUUUGAUGAUCAUCCCAAAGUGGAGGAGAUAAUCGAACCAGUGCAAUCCCAGAGUGAGGAUGAUGAAAUCGUUGCUGAUGAUGACGAUGUUGUUGGUGUUAUACCCGUGGCAUUUUCCUAUGAUCCCACUGUCAAAUUUACCGUCCCAGUACCGUCCAAUUUUGAAAUGACAAUGGAACGUCAUUCGGAUGAAAAAGAAGAGAGUGAGGAGAUGUGAGCGGGAGAAAUAUAAUAAAUUAGUUUUAUUUUUAAUCAUUUUGAAAUAAUAAAUAUAUUUUAU